GCGGAGCAUGUCGGGGCGAAGUUCUCAGAUAAAUGCCCAGUCGGAUAUUAAAACACAUUUGGGGGGACUUGAUGACAAAAAGAGUAACUUUUAUUCUUAAAUACUGAUGAAUAAAAAAAGUGGGCUCCAGCAAAAAGGGCACUUUUCUCAUCCAGGGUAAAAGGGCUGGUGCUUGAGCACCACUAGGGCUCUAUCUGUGCACGUGCCUGGUCCUAUGUUAUGCAUACAGUAGUCAUCGUAGUAACUCAAAAUAGGGGAAGUCAGUGAGGGGACACAAAGAUCAACAGCGUGAUAAAGAGGAAAGAACCAACAAGCUCGUGCGCACGUAGUCUCCGUCAUUGGAUUUAUCUAUACUUCGUCAUCUUUGGAGGUCCAUUCGGGUGUGAGCGGGGUUUUCCUGCGGGGAAUAAAAGGUUCCCGUCAAAAUAGUAUCUGGAUUUCUCGCACAGCUGUGAGCCAGAGAUCAUCAUGAUCCUGCUGUCUCCCUUCUCUGGUCUCUUCCAGUGUACCAAAAAUCUCUUUCUGCGUGAUGGAUCCACGGGACUUAGGAUCAAGGAAAUUGCACGUAAAAAUGCAGCCAAUGCUCUGUCUGUUGCUAACAUGGUCAUGGGCAUGGCCUCCAUUAUGAGCAGUCUAAAUGGGCACCAUCAUGCUGCCUGUUGGAUGGUUCUGAUUGGCUACCUUCUGGAUUUGGCAGAUGGAGCCGUUGCCAGGCUACUCGGUGCCUGCUCUGUAUCGGGUGCGAAGCUCGAUGAUUUUGCUGACUUCACGACCUUUGGGAUUGCCACCUCAUUGCUCCUAAUGACAUCUGACCUGCUGGACAACAUCCUAUGUGUGUGUUACGUCCUGACAGUGUUGUUCCGCCUGUGUUUCUGGCAAAGUGGGAUCCCAUUCAUGUAUCGUGGACUGCCCUGCACCUACUCCUCAGCCAUCCUGGCCAGUGCCUCUCUGCUGCCAGGGGGAAACCAGGCCAUGAUGCGUGUCAUUGCAGUGGCCAUGAUCCUCUUUAUGAUCAGCCAGAACUUCUACCCCCAUGACAAAGUACUGGAGUCCCAGACCUGGAAGAAAGCGGUCUUUGCUGGAGGAGUUGUCAUGGUGUUCUGCUCAUCCUUCCCCCCUGCAUGUGUGUACUAUCUGCUGUGGUCAGUCUCCUACAUUUUGUUCCCAACAUCCCUUUGGAGCAGUAAAGUGUAAAAUGGGUGCUGGCUUUGUCCACAACUCCCAUGUAGGUUAGCCUCUAAGGCCCAUCUGGGUGAACUGAGGCUUCCAGACUGCUGCUGCUCCCUACUGCCAUGGAGGACCCAAGCUGAAACAUGCUCAUGUUCCACAGGCGAACACUCGCUCUAUUUGACCUUUAUUUUGAUGUAACACCUCUAAAACAGAGCCCAGAUUCAAGAGAGUUAGAGUGAGGGGUGAGAAGUGCAUUUUAAUGUUACUAAAGUGAGGAUGAGCCUU